UUAUUACAGGAAUCAAGGACAGAUCUAGAAGAUUGCAUCCUUGUGCACCUCAUGCUGAAACAAUAACUUGGAUCUGUCCCAAUCUAAUACCUGGUCUGUGUUAAGUUUUGAUGUGUUAUUUAUAUGGCUUGCAAUGUACAGAAGGUGAGAGUAGUGGAUUAUCCCUAUCCCCCAGGGACAACAAAUGAUGGUUAUUCCUUUUCCCCACAGAUGUCGGAUUACCCCUAUCCUCUGCUGGAGAAAGAUCAUCUAUGUACACCGGAGAUUUUAGAAAAGCAUUACCCUGUCAAGUUGGAAAUGAAAAAAUCCUCUUCUUCUGGGGUUUUGGACAAAAACCACCCUUUCUCUGCAAGGCUUUCUGAGAAGAAGAAUCCCUGCUCUGAAGUAUCUUUGAAGAAUGAGGACUUGUGUACCCCGGGGCCUUCAGAUAAUGGGGACUGUGGUUACAACAGCCGUCCAAUGACAGAGGAGGACCUUAUAGACAGUCUGUUCUACACAUGUGAUGUUGACCAUGUGGGGAAAGUUCAUAUACACAGGCUUAUUGAAUAUCUUAAGUUAACCAACAGUAAUAUAAGUGAGAAUGACAAAGAUCUGAAAAAUUUGGCGACCAUGUUCGAUCCACAGGGAAUUGACACAUUCAUUGACCUGCAUAAGUAUCGCAGUACAAUGAAACAUUGGAUUGAAAGUAUCAGGAAACAAAGUUUCGAGGGAUCUCAAGAAGAUGAUGUCUUCAGUACUGAUGUUUGUUCAACAGUCACUUCAGGUUUUACUGUAAAUGCAGUAUCACCUGACUCCACCACCAUGACUACGCCAAACUACCCAGCGGAAAUCUUCUCCAGAGUUUGUCAACAGGAGCAGAUGGAGUUACAAUGUCGAGCGGAAGGUCUCCAGCAUCAGAACAGACGACUACUGGAGGAAAAUACCAAGCUACAGCAACAACUGGAUUCCCAGGAAGACCACCUGACUGCUGCAUCCACCGAAAAGUACCGAUUGGCCAGAAAAAUCAAGAGCCUACAGGAGAUUGUGGACUUAAAGGAAAUUCUGCAGACAGAGAACGAGGAGUUAAGAUGUGCCAACUCUCGCCUGCAGGAACGUAGGAAGGAUCUUGAAAAUAAACUCAAUCAGCUGGAGAGGGAGAAAUCAUUACAUGACAUGCAUAUCAUAGAUCUGGAACACAAGCUCCAGACAAUCAGUGGACAGGUGGAAUGUUUGUCUAUUCAGAAACAGGAUCUUCAUAUCUCCAAUGUAGAAAACAAGCACAGAAUGUCACAACUCCUGGAGGUCAAGAACAUGCAGGAAGUCCAACUCAACGAGAGAUUUAAUGAAGUUAAAAACCUACAGAAUGAAAUCAAGGUUAUGUCUAAAACCAUGGAGGAACUACAGCAGGAAAAGGAAUCUGUGAAGCUCCAGAACUCGCAGGUACAACGUGAGCUAUCAAGUAUACAAGCCAAAAUGGAGACGUUCACCUUCCACGAGAACUCAGAGAUAUCACAGGAGGGUGAAAACCCUAAGCUGUACUCCUGUAGCACGCCCCUAAAGGCCAGCCAGUCUAUCUGUAUGGAGCUCAAAGAGAUGGCCAUGAAGGACAGUGGAAAGCUACUGCCAACCCCGCUGUGUGCCAAGGAAUACUUUGAAGAAGUGUUUGCUGAUAUCACACCCGUCCUAGACCACAACUUUGAGGAGGAGGAAGAGGAGGAGAGUCUGAGUGAGGACUUGUCUGCAUCCUCUAAGGAUGAUCUCACCAUGGAGAUCUCAAAGUUUGCUGACAAGUAUGAAGAGAAACAGACCAAGCUUUUACAAGAGAUUGACAGCUAUAUCCAAGUUGAAGGUCAGCACAAAGACACACACAUGGCAGAGAAAUUUCAGCGCAAUCUCAAGUCUGAACUGGACAAGAUGUUACAGAAGGUGUCCACUCUUGCCAAGGCCAAGGAACUCGCCGACAACAGACUUAUUAGCUUGAAAAUGAAGUUGAUGAAAGUUUCUGAUGAGAACCACCAGCUGAAGAUGGCCCAUCAGAAGUCUUACGAGUUGAUAACGGAGAAGGGACUGGGCAUGGAACUGAGUGUGGACAACCGACUGCAGGUGUUUAAAGUCACUCUGGACCGGGAGCGCUCCUAUAUCAAGAUGCUGGAGAAGGAGCUUGCUGAGAAGAACCAGGAUGUCAAUGUGGCUGACCAUAGGGACAAAUGCAACACAUCAGGUCCUUCCAUUGAAGAUCUACAGGAAAUUGCCCACUUGAAAAGGGAAAAUUUGGACCUGGAAGAAAAAUGCCAAAAUACAGAGAUCAAGGUUCAGGAACUGGAAGACACACUUGGUCAAAGUCAGGAGGACCUUGACACUAGGAAUACACAGUGUGAUCAACUGGAGGAAAAUUUGUCUUCUUGCAAACUGGAACAUCAACUGGACUUGAAGGAGAUCUGGCGUCUGGUACACAAGGAUGUGGAGAAGGAGUGCACGGAUGGGCAGAAAGAGGUGCCGUUAUCGGAUACUCCAUACCACAUUCGUAACCAGAUUACGCAGGAGAUACAGAGUCUGAAGACGCAGCUUCACAAGCGAGAGGCAGUGCUUGAUAUUUUAACUAGCAGUAAGUGUAAGCCUGACCAUCAUCAGACCCUGGAGCACAGUACAUGUAGCUGUUUCGGUAACGUUUCUGGUAGCAAUGCCAGCUCCCCUCUUGUUGAGGCCCUCACCAUUGACUUUUUCAAUGGGAACCAGCCCCUGCAUCGUGGCAGGAAAGGUCCUUGCAUAGCCAGCUCAGAGAUGGACCUGUCGUCAGGGUGCAGUAAAUGUCAAGACCAUAUGUACAAUGGCUGGGGCUACUCCAGCACACCUCUCGGGAAUCGCUGUCCACCUCAGCGCCAAACAUCAACAGAGAGCAACAACAACAACUCUCAGACAAACCUGUGCAAGUCUGUUAGUUCCUCAAGUACGUCGGGGGCUGCUGACCUUGACCUCAGCACCAGCACCUUCAAAAGCUGUGACGGAAAGACACGACGGAAGGAGUUCCAGACCAUUCGGUGGGAGAGUGAUGAUAUUGUGUACCAGAGUUCGUCGAGUAGUUUUGACAAAGAGCAUGGCCACACAGAAGGACAUUUGGAUGGAAACAGGACAGUGGACCAUAACGACAAUACCACAUGUGAAAUGCUGACUCCAGCAGCCAAUGGGCUGAGGAGAUGGAGCUUCAAUGCAGCAAUAGCCAAUCAAAACUAUGCAUCUGAUGACAUGGUGCACUACCCACGCUGUCGGAGUCAAAGCUUUCAGGCAGCCAUUGAGAGUGGACAGCAGACUCCAUAUGAUUACAAAGAUAACGUGGGUGAUAGCUUUAGAUCUCCUUGUUACGGAAACAAGUACACAAAACGUAAUAUUUGUAUUUGUGGGGAUAAUACGGGUUCAUGUGCAAAAUGUAAUGCCAGGAAGGGAUUACCAGCUUCAGACACGCUAAAGCAGGGUGGAGUACAGGAUGCAAGUAAACAUAAUGGAGUAUUCAACUUGAGUAAACCCGGUGUGUUGGGGAGUAAACAUGGAAUACAGACUCAAAGUUCAGAAGAAAGCGAGGAUAGCAUACACACUGGUCCAAUUGAUGACUACUGCUGGAAUGAUAAUUUGGAUCAGAAUUCACACUCCAGUUAUAGCUUUUCCCACCUCUCAUACCCUACCGAGUAUAGAGAGCCAGUGAAUGACUCAAGGAGCUCCCCACACUUGACCAGGAAGCUGUCGAUCUUGAUCGAGGAGGACGACACGACUUCUGAGGCUGAGGUCCCAAGAUCACCUCUACAUGCUCCAUGUGGCUUGACCAACGGUCAACUCAGGGACAGUCCACAAAAGAGACACAAGCGAGUGGACCCGACACAAGGCAAUAAAAGGGUGAAAACAAAACGGGUAUGUGUGUCAGAAGGAGGGCUGUGUGGGAGUCCAACCAAGGUCCAUCCAACCGUAGCCAUAGUGCACCACAACAGUCCAUCUCAGGGAAGCUCCAGUAAUCAGCGACUCAAACUUUCACUAGUCUCUCCAGAGAGGGAAGUCUGCUGGCAGGAUAAGGAGAAAGCAAGGGAAAGGACAGAUCCACUGGAGGAUUGCAGGCAAGACCUGCCUCACAGUACCGUUGAGCCUCUUCAGAAGGCCACACCCACCCAGAGCCUGACCCACAGGACACCGCCCCAGUACCUACACAGGGGAGUAUCACCACAACGGAACAGCCCUGGAAAUGGAGGGGUGACAGAGGAAGACGAACAUGACUUGUCAAUUACCUCAGCUUUGGCCCUCCAUCUUGGAAAGUUGUCAUUGGCAGACAGCAUGAGCUCCAACGAGUCCACAAAACCAAGCCGACCUCCACAGCUACUACAGUCUAGUGGUAAAGUCCCCACCUCCAGCCAGUCUGUGAAUCGAAAGGACUCCCCAUCAAAGAUAGACAGGCCAGGUGACCACCAAAUGACCAUGCCAGUUAUUAAUGCUGACCAUACCCAGGUCAAAACUGACCACAAGACCGUGGCGUCUCCCGCCAAAACUGAUCCAAAUCCUUCCACGACCAAAGAAAGCCCAGUUGUUGCACAGACCAACACUGAUCAAUCGAUGAAGGACCAGAAUUCUUCAGACUCACAAACUCUUGCCAAGAGCUGCAAGCUAGCAAAGAUACGACAAGAUCACCUGAAUAAGAAGCGGGAGCAGAUGAAACAUGUGAAGAUGCCGGAACUGAUGGAGACACAGGAAGUCGGCAGCCUUAACGGAACAACGAGACCGGAGACCAAUGGAGGGGUGGUCCAACCUCCGCCAGCCUCAAACCAGCCAGCCUUCCCUAGCAUACCCAACUCAUUCCUAAAAACACUCAAGCUCAACUCUGACACCGUCAAUGGAGACGACGAUGGGUCCGAGCAAGCCAGUGAACUGGAAAUUGAGAAAAAAUUCACAAGUCUGUCCUUAGCUUUCAAGACUGACAAGUUAACCUUGGAAAAGCGCCUGGAAAUCCAGGAAAGGUCACGAGACAUUGCGGAGCAGAACGUGGACACAGAACUAAAAGGACUCAAAGACAACCUAGAGACCCUUAACCAGUUAUGCACAGACACACAGGUCCGCGAUGUCCUCCGGAAAAUACAGACACACCUAGAUAUCCUCGAACAAGCCGCAGCUCGGGUGUCCAGUCGAGCAGAGGUGUACGGGGCAGUACAACAGGAGAAGAGGAUGAGCAAAGCAAUAGAAAUAAUGAUUACACAUGUAGAUACAAUACGUAUGGUGCAUGAACGGGUCAACUCAGAACUGGAAGAGGCUAGAAAAUUGUUACAAGACAGUCGUCCUUUCGGAAGUGCUGGUUUAGAGAUAGGUGAUUUUCCACACAUGAGUAAACGAUCUUUGUCCCUCUCACAGCAAGGCCAAGGGUUCCAGUCACGGAUGAAGGGACGUCGUGUCAGUGAGGUGGCCAUACCCCGAGCACUGGGAGGAACAGGUGUACCAUCCUUCACCCACUCAACAUCCAUGGAUGCUUCUACUAUGUCAUUGGAAUGCAAGCAACCAACUUGGCCAAGGAAAGACUCGCCAGACACAGAGGAUCCCAAAUCCCGAUUCCAGUGUGCUGUGGCUUCCAUGGCCAUGAAGAACGCAGUGACUGACACCUUCCGGCGAAGCUCUCUCACCCUAGGAAAACAAGCCUCCGUCAGUGGCACGCCUCCAAAGUCGAGAGAGAACUCAACUGAGAGCAAAGAGGUUCCAGACAAACAACCAACUAAACAGAAUUCUAAAGAAGAGGAAGCAUUUCAAAAGGGGUUCCAGCAGGGCUAUAAGGCACAGAUGGGCCGUGAGCUGUCGUCUCUGAGGGAACACCAGAACUCCAUCAACCAGAAUCUGGAGGAACUGAUGGACACUUACGACAGUCCACCCGAGGAGGAGGAAAGGACAUUCAAGGAGGUUGUUAUGGAGAAAAUAUGGGACAUGGUCCCAGAGUGGGAGAUCGCAGGCAAGAGGCUGAGGAUGACGCUAGCAGGGCUUGUGUUCUUCAUGGCCUUGUGUAGCAUUAUCAUGUCCUUCCUACCCCUAGGCCAGGCCAUUCAGGUGUUCACGGAUUAUCGACACAUGGACCACCCACCUCUCUGAUGACUGCCCCUGUCCUAUAGUAGCAACAUCUCAUCUUGUUUGUUAUGUUUUCGUAUUUAUACAAGUGGUUAGAUUUGCUGUCUCUCAUGAGAAGCUAUUUUUAUUACGUGUUAAUGUUUUUCAACCAUUUAUGAUUGCGUUACAAGUGUUGUCAUUUUAAAUUUAGAUUAUACGAGAAAGCAUCUUUGUGUGACAAUAUGGCUUUACCUGUGAAUCAUUCAUCUUCAUGAAGACAAAUUGGAAUGACUUAAUUGUGGAUUUAUUUUUAUUCAUGUGAUUUGCAGUGGAUUUGUAUUGAAAUAUCUCUGGAGUUGUUGAUUGACACGCAUAAUCCACUGCUGGUAAAUUUAAUGUGCAAGGUGAAUAUAAUUGCUGAGAAUGUGUCUGCGAGAAUGUGGCUUGAUAGAACUUCAGAAUGUGAUAGAAAGUUGAUUGAGACAUCCAGGUUUUGCCUGUAACGAGAUUGAAAAGUAUUGUCCUUUGUUUCAACUUCUGGGUAAUAGGUCACUUGGACACUAGAAUUUAGUCUCUGCCUCGAAGAGAUUGAUCUAACAUAACGGCAUGUUACAAAAACAAACAAAAAUGUUUAAAACUUUUCAAGUUCUUCUUGGUUUUCUGGGACAAAUAUUAAUUUUUACCUCCCUUUGUCCAGAUCACAACCAAAGUAAACCUCUUUUGAUUUUGUUUGGGCAUUAAACAAUACAGAAAUGUUAUGCGACAACUAUAUACCUGAAGAUUUCAGGCUUCGAUUCAUUUUUAAUUGAAAAAUUAUGUUUCACAGAUGAAAUAAAAUCAGGAUCUGAUAUCAAGUUAAUUAAUGCUGACAUCUAGUAGUAGGUAAAUAAUUUUGGUGAUUAAUUAAAAAAUUUUCAUGAUUAUGAUUUUUUUUAAUACAGUAAUUCAUUAUGAAUUGAAAUACCAUAAUAUCAUCCAUAAGUUAUCUUUACCUCUUGUCGUUCAUGAAUUCUUUUCAAGUGCAAUCACUAACAGAGAAAUACUAAAGAAAAAGAAAAAUUUAUGAAAAUAAAAAAUCGUAUAGAAAUGUAAGAUGUAAGUUCAAUGUGUUCUGGCAAGUAUUUCUACCAUAUAAUCGUCAUUAAUGUCGUAACCAUGUAGUGAACUUAACAUAUAUUUCAUGUAAUCAUUCAUAUUUUCCAAUUCAUUUCAACAUAUCUAUCAAUAAAAGUGAUAAAUGGAUGAAAGGUGUUAAUCCUUUACUUGUCCUUUUUACUCCAAUUGAUAUUUGAUUCUACAUAUCAUGUCAAGUUCUUGGCUACUUUAAUUAAAUUUGGUUAACAAGCCCGAGAAGACCUUUUAUGAUUCACAUGUCAAAAAUGUUUUUUUCAUAAUCAAUACUGUGAUAUUUUUAUCAGAAAUAUAUUAAUUCAUGUAUACAUUUAUUUAAUAAUUGUGUGUUCUUAAUUGAUGAUCAAUUUUUAUGUACAAUUUUUGUCACGUGAUUGUCAUGUGACAGUGCUGUGAUUGAUGGGUGUGAGGCGGUGCAGAAAGUAAACCAGUUAGGUGAUUUACUGGCGAGACUGAAAAUUCCUAUAGAUAUAUAUGCAAUAGCUUUUGACAUUUAAUUAUUUAGUUACUGCGUGCAAUAAUUAAUGUCCUGGUGUCUUAUAAAUAGACUGAUAAGUGUGGUCAUGUGCUAUAAAAUUUAGAAAAAUACUGUUGUACAAUGAAAUCAUUUAUAACGAAACAAUUGUAUUAUCUUACCAAAUAACUUCCCUUUACCAAAAUAGUACAAUGUACCAGUAAUCGAAAUUGAACUUGGCAGUAUUUUUUUUACCUAGUGUGUCCAUUUUGAUGCAUUUAUUUCGUUUCUACAUAUCCAGCCAUUUAAAAAUUAUCAGAAAAUGUAAGUGGAAUAUUUUACAUGUGUUGAUGUAUUGAAUAGAGACAGACCUGAUGUUGCUGACUCAAAGCUUUGCUAGGGCUUUCAAGGCAUAUGUUAACAUUAAAAGGCUCACCAGGCUUUUUCUUUAAGCAGUCAUUCUGUAAACAAAGUCAAGGGAGGUAAUCUGGUUAUUAUUAACAAGAAUCUCGCAUUUAUUCAAUGGUCUGUUUAAGCUAAGAAGUCUGAAACGUGAGAAUUUUACACAUUUCUGUAAUAUAAUAAAGAUACAUUUUAUGCAGUGAAACCUCAAAAGUCUUUUUCAUGAAAGUCUGCAAUAACACAAUUUUCUGUUUUUAGUAAAACACAACUAUAUUUUAUGUAAUGCCGCAGAGUAAUCAGUUAUUAUUUGAGACAAUAAAAUUUGUUUUCAAUUA